AUGCAUACUCAGGAAAGCUUGAUACAUCUCACCUACCAGGCCUCGGCUGCCAUAUGGGUAUUUGUCGCCAUAACGACUGUCAUUUUCUUUAUGAGAACCUACUCGAGGCUUUUCCUAUCCAAAGAUCCCAUCAACUGGGAUGACUUCAUCAUCUCACUCUCAUGGCCCUUGAUGGUUGUUUUAGCGGUAUCCUAUCAAAUAGCCCUCUCCACAGCACGAAAAUCGACGGCGUCCGAGCUACCGGGAACCUACCCUACACCAGUCUUCUGGGCACUUUUCACAGAUGCAUGGGCAUUCCUCAGCAUCUGUAUACCCAAGCUGGGUGUUGCUCUAUUGCUCUCUCGAAUGCUUCGCCCAAAGCGCUGGCUUAAAAUCACCAUGAUCACAUACUGUAUCGUAUUGGUGAUCUUAGCCAUCGUGGGAUUUAUUAUCACUUUCACGCAAUGCGACCCGGUCGCAGGACAGUGGAACCCGUGGAAAUACCCAGAAGUCAAGUGCUGGAGUAGAAAUAUCCAGCUGGAAUAUGCGAUCACAGUCAGCGCGAUGUCUGCGCUCACGGAUCUUGCCUUCUCCAUCUACCCUGGAGUUGUGAUUUGGAAUUUGAAUAUGGCGACAUGGAAAAGGGUCAACGCAGUGGCGCUGAUGAGCCUUGGGUUUAUUUCCUUUGCUUUUGCCAUCCGAAAGCUUUACUCGAAUACAACCCUUUUGGGUAACCCUGACAUCAUUACCCUUCUUUUCGAUGCUAUCCAAAUCGGAAUUUGGAAUAACAUUGAGAAUGCCUUCGUGCUCAGUGCCGCCUGCCUCCCUGCCGUUCCACCAGUCUUCCGGGUGUUUCGAAAUGCUGUCAAGACACAUGUUUCGUCUCUUUCAGGUUCCCACAAAGAAGAGACGGAGACCGCAGGAACAGAAUUGACGAGCAAUAGCAGGCGUAUCACGCUUAAAGAAGAGUUUAAGGUUAGCAGCGAAAGGCAGGUUAGCAGAGAAAGAAGGCCAGCAGAAUUCGUCUAG